UUCCAGGAGUCUUCGCCGACCCGGUCCGCCGGCCUCUCCUGUGGCCUCGGUGGGACGAUGCUGGAGUCUAUUCGCGUGACGGGGAGCGGCAUAACACUGCCACCUAAACCAAAAAGCAAGGCCACGCGCCACAGUCUGACCCCUCUUUCGAAGCCAAAGCCGCAGCCGCAGCUGUGCAGAAGCUUUGAGAAAGGAGACGACCUUUCUGGGAAGAAGCUGUGCAUACUCACCGCCAUAAAGCCCACCAACCUGGAGAGGGAGAAGCUGAAGUUCUUCAAGUCAGACUACACGUACAACCCUCAGUUUGAAUAUUCCAAUCCCGUUCUGCCAAAUGUGUUAGCCAAGCACAGCAACGCCUCCGACCGGUUUCUGAAGCAGUCCAUCAAUAUUAUGGAGCUGACUUUACAGAAAUACGGAAGUUAUGAGGAAUUUGAGCAAGCUACUGGUGGUAGCUUGUUGUCUAAAACUCGAAUCUGGAGUCAUGUUAGGAAGUACAUGCUGAAGGAAGGCUGCCUUGGAGAGAUUGUAGUCCAUCUCACUGGAGACCUGCUUUCCAGGGCGUCCAUGACCGUAGUAAACGGAUGCCCGACUCUGUCCAUCAAUAUUUCCACUGCACGAGAGCACUGGCUGGAGGGAAUGCUGAGGCACGAGAUAGGCACACAUUACUUUCGGGGUAUGAAUAACCUUCAGCAGCCAUGGAACAAUUGGCUUGGCCGCAAAAAACAUGAGUUAAAGCCGAACAAUCCUACGGAGGAAGGACUGGCAAGCAUUCAUAGUGUCCUGUUCAGAAAAGACCCUUUUUUGUGGAGGGCUGCUCUGCUCUACUACACAGUCUAUCAAGCUAGCCAAAUGUCUUUCUGUGAACUCUUCAAAGAUAUUGGCAAGUUUGUCAAGGAUCCUAAUACAAGAUGGGAUUAUUGUGUAAGAGCCAAGAGAGGGUUGACAGAUACUUCCCAGCCAGGGUGCUUCAGUAAAGACCAGGUGUACCUGGAUGGGAUCCUUCAAAUCCUUCGAUUCCGAGAGUCCAUAGACUUUCAUCUGCUGACUGCCCUGGGCAAGGUAUCUUACGAAGAUGUGGAGCGCUUAAAAGGCCUGGCGGUGACUGAAAACAUGAGAGUCCCCCACUUCCUUCUAGAUCACAGCCGGUACAGGGAGCAUUUAGAGAAGAUCAUGGAGGUGAACGAGCUGACAGAUGCUGAGCUAAAAAACCUCAUUUAGAAGCAGCCCUGACUCCAGUAUCUUAGCAGCUGGGGGCACCUUGCAUCUGCAGAAUUGGAAGAGAAGAGUGGUGGCCGACCGUUUUCUCAAGACCAGCCCUCAGUAUCCAGCUGAGAUCUUAGGUGGCACAUAGACCUGAAACUGUUUUCUUAAAAUGUCUCUAUAGACUGCAGGUGGAAGUCACUUCCCUCUUCAUCCAGAUCUCUCCAGAGACAAAUGACGAUGCUACUGCUGAAGAAGACUCCAGGGUCAGUUGUAAAUUGAGCACUGAGGCCAGCUCUGGAUUGGAGGUGGCCGAAUUCUAAGCUGUGUUGUAUAAAUCCAAGGUUCUAUUUCUUCUGCUAAACAGUGAUAAUUGUUCUUCCUUGAACCACUCAUUUUGUAACACCCCAAAAGGCUAGCAAAGAGUUCUUAUUUUUCUUAUGUUAAGUAAUGUU